AUGUCAACCACCUCCGACCCCGGAAGCUCCAGCACCUCCACCUCCACUGUCACUACCGCCCCCCCAUCUUCAUCCUUCACCUACAGUUACGUCCUCUCGGACGAGCCAGCGUCGUCUUCUCCCGGGACCGGGCUUUCAAACCUGCGGUCCCGUUUCCGCAAGACCGGAGGCUCCUCGAGACGGCCUGUUGCUGGCAGUAAACGAGAUGGGGAGGCUAGUGGAGAAGGGCAGGAUGGACAGGGUGAACAAGGUGGGAGGAUGCUCAUCGGGGGAUCGUGUAUAGUACAGUAG